AUCAGAGGAAUAAAAACGAGAGAUUUCUGUGAUGAAUUAGUUGUCAUUUUUGUUGAUUAAGAAGCUAAAUUUGCGCCGUGUUUUCUCGCCGGAAAAUACAGUCAUGGGAAACGGGGUAGGGAAGCUGACGGUUUGUUUCACCGGAAGUGAUGUUGUCCACCGCCGGAAAGACAUGGCUGUCGUCAUUUCUGAUCCGUUAGAUGAUCUGGGUCACUCUUUUUGCUAUGUUAGACCAGACCCAUCUCGUGUAUCUUCCUCCAAGGUGCACUGCUCUGAGGAAACGACGACGUUCCGGUCAAUCUCCGGCGCUUCCGUCUCCGCCAAUACCUCCACUCCACUUUCGACAUCUCUGAUCGAUCUAUACUCUUAUAACUCCAUUGAUAAAGCUUCUGCUUUCGAGAGCUCCACUUCAUUUGCGUCGAUUCCUCUCCAGCCUUUGCCCCGAAACUCUAUCAAUUCGGGUCCUCUGCCGUUGGGUCCGUUUCCUUAUUCGGGUCCUAUCGAAAGAGGUUUUCUUUCUGGUCCGAUUGAGCGUGGGUUUCAAUCGGGUCCUCUUUACUCGGGUCCUCUCGAUAAGGGUACUCAUGAUCAGUUCCAAAGAAGCUAUUCACAGGGGGGUUUUGCCUUUAAACGUAGAUCAAGAAAAAGGUCCUUGAUUCGGGUCAUCCAAAGAGCGAUUUCAAGAACGUUUGUAACCCGUGGGCAAAACUCGAUUGUCGCCCCAAUUAAUAAAAACGUGGGUUCUCUGAAGGUUCCAGAUUGGAUCGUCGGGUCUUCGGAGAAAAACAAUGAAUUGACGAUUAGCAGUGUUAAUUUGAGCAGUGAAGGCAGUUUUCUUGACGAUGAUGACUGUUUAAAUCAAAGUCAGAAUCUUCAAUGGGCGCAAGGGAAAGCUGGGGAAGAUCGAGUACACGUCGUCGUUUCAGAGGAACAUGGGUGGGUUUUUGUUGGUAUUUAUGAUGGGUUUAAUGGUCCUGAUGCACCUGAUUAUCUGUUAUCGAAUUUGUACCCAGCUGUUCAUAAGGAACUCAAAGGUUUGUUAUGGGAUGAUGAGCUCGAUUCAACGAAUUCAAAUUCUUCAGGGCAACCCUUAGAUUCUAUUGAAUCUCAUGUCGAUGAUCGAUCUCAACAACACGAGCAUCGGAGAUGUGUUGAUCAGCAGGAAAGUUAUCCCAGUGCAACUGACGAUUUUGAGACGAAUCUACAGAAAAAGAGAAGCAAGAACUCAAGAGUUAGAAGCCGAGGGGCUUCCAAGAAAUGGGAGGAUAAUCACAGGAGAUGGAAGUGUGAAUUCGAUCGAGAGAGGCUGGAAUUGGAUCGGAGGUUAAAGCAACAGUUGAAUUCAAAUGGGUCAAAUUCAAUCAAUCAUUCUGAUGUUUUGAAAGCUCUAUCUCAAGGGUUGAAGAAAACAGAAGAGGCCUAUUUGGAUAUUGCAGACCAAAUGCUUGUUGAAAAUCCUGAACUAGCUUUAAUGGGUUCAUGCGUUCUUGUUAUGUUAAUGAAAGAAGAAGAUGUUUAUGUGAUGAAUGUAGGUGACAGCAGGGCGGUUUUAGCUCAAAAACCCGAACCCGAUCUAUGGAGACAAGAUCUCGAGAGAAUUAAUGAAGAAACAUUGUACGAUCUUGAGGUUUCUGAUGCUGAUAUUGCCAGUACAAUCCCGACCCUAACAGCCUGUCAGCUUACAAUUGAUCAUAGUACCUCCAUUGAUGAGGAAGUUCAAAGAAUAAAGAACGAACACCCUGAUGAUUCUUGCGCAGUGAUGAAUGAUCGUGUUAAAGGGUCACUUAAAGUCACUCGAGCCUUCGGUGCUGGUUUUCUCAAACAGCCUAAAUGGAACGAUGCCCUUUUAGAGAUGUUUAGGAUCGACUAUGUGGGCAGUUCUCCUUACAUAAACUGCAUCCCGAACCUUUACCAUCACAAAUUAGGACCGAGGGACAGAUUCUUGAUAUUGUCUUCAGACGGGCUUUAUCAGUAUUUCACAAACGAAGAGGCGGUUUCUGAAGUCGAGCUUUUCAUACAAUGGUCGCCAGAAGGCGAUCCUGCCCAACAUCUAAUCGAAGAAGUUCUGUUUCGUGCAGCCAAGAAAGCUGGUAUGGAUUUUCAUGAGUUGCUUGAAAUACCACAAGGGGAUCGAAGGCGUUACCAUGAUGACGUUUCGAUCAUAGUCAUUUCACUUGAAGGAAGGAUAUGGAGAUCGUGCAUGUGAGCGACUGAGGCACCGAAAAACAUAACGACCAUUUACGCGAGAAGAAAACCGAAUGGGCAAUCGAUUUUUUGAUUUUUUUUCUUCUCUUUUUUGCUUUUUGGUGUUUUUAUCCUAAUCACCUUGUUUAACAUGACAAUGAAGCUCAAGAACUAAAAAGAGACUUGGUUGUGGAAUGUAAGUUGGUAAUUAGGGUUUGUAAAGGUGUGAGAACUUUACUCCAUGUUUAUUAAUAUAAAUUUGUCAUAUAAAAUUCUAAUAAAUGACAACAAGUUUUUGUUCGUUG